UGAGAAUGCAUGUACUGGCAUGUCAUAGUCACAGUCGACGUCCAUAGUCCAGACUUCCUUGCAUGAUCCAUGAUGCAUCAAUAUCAUCAUCGGCACAGGUAGUAAGGGCUCGGCUUCUUCCGGUCCCUAUACCAUCAAUGAUCUGCAACUGCCAGCAUGCUGCUUGUCGAGCACCCUCUAUGAUACAGGUCUCCCUCGGAGAAUCAUACCAAUGUCGUCAAUAGGUGACGGCCCGAGGACGGUUCGACAAUGUCCAACUACUAGGUUGAACUGAAUUUGAACGUCUUUAAGUUUCGGUGACCCUCGUAAAUCCAUUCACCAAUUUGAUUUGUCUAUAGGAACGAAGAGUCGGAACGACCGUGUGUUUAUUGAGUUUUUCCUCUAUUUAAUAAAUCUCUCACCGCACAUGCCUUAUUCUUCCAUUCUCCCAGUUCUCCCUACCAACAGCCCCGCUCAAUGUCUCUACCAAGAAUUGAGACAUCCGUACCAGAAGAAGGCAACCUUCCGGCUGCUCGUGAUGUGUCCACCAUCCCAGAUGACAGCCUCCAAGAUAAAAAUUCGCAAAAACUUGAACAGUUGGAGGACGAGUGGCAACACGACCCAAUCAACCCCAGGAAUUGGCAUCCGGCAAAAAAAUGGACAACCGCUGUACUCGUUGCACUCUACACUCUUAUCACCCCCUUAGCAAGUUCUAUCAUGGCACCUAGUUUGCCAGACCUUGCUAUAAGAUACGGCAUAACCAAUCCAACAGUCACAGCAUUGACUCUCAGCAUCUUCCUUUUGCCAUUAGCAAUCGGUCCUUUAUUUGCCGCACCCUUGUCUGAAGUAUAUGGUCGUUUAUGGGUUCUCCACGGAUCGAACCUCUCCUUCCUCGCGUUCAAUCUCGGCUGUGCUUUCUCACCCAACGCUACAUCUUUCAUCGUCUUUCGGUUUCUAGCUGGUUUCGCGGGGAGCGCCCCCAUAUCAUGCGGCGUAGGCGUCAUCAGCGACCUCUUCUCCGAAUCCGAUCGUGCUGCAGCUAUGGCACUAUACAAUGUCGGGCCCUUAUUAGGUCCCGUCAUUGGCCCCGUCAUGGGAGGUUUCAUGGCAGAGUCGCUUGGCGUACAAUAUGAUUUCUAUGUCGUCACCGCAAUCUCUGGUGCCGCCGCAAUGCUCGGCAUCCCUCUCAUGAGAGAAUCCUACGCACCAGUUAUCCGCCUUCGUCGUGCAAAAUCAUCUCCAGAUCUCGAAAAGGCAGCUAAAGGACAUCCGGCCUUCACCAUGAACAAAUGGGCUUACUUAUGGAUUAACCUCAAACGACCCUUCAUACUUUUGACCCAGAGUUUCAUAUGCUUCAUCCUCAGCUUAUACAUGGCUUUGAUUUAUGGUAUCUACUACUUGAUGUUUGUGACGUUCCCCGACCUCUUUUCGCAAGUAUACCACUUCAGCAUCGGCAUCGGAGGUCUGACAUACAUCGGACUUGGUUUUGGAUUCGUAUCCGCUACCAUCUUCGGCGUCAAACUUUCCAGCAAGAUGUACAUACACCUUGCUGCGAAAAACGGAGGAAAGGGUAAGCCAGAGAUGCGCGUGCCCGCUCUUAUAUUCGGCUCGCUGUUCGUCCCAGUGGGACUACUUUGGUACGGCUGGUCUGCCCAAGCCAAGAUCCACUUCAUGAUGCCCAUCAUCGGCACCGCCAUCUUUGGAUUCGGAUUAUUGACAGCUUUCCUCCCUAUCCAAUUGUACCUUGUGGACACAUUUACCUAUGCUGCGAGCGCAACUGCAGCUGCUUCCGCCCUCCGUUCACUCCUCGCGUUCGCAUUCCCGCUCUUUGGACAACAAAUGUUCGCAGCGCUCGAUUAUGGGGGAGGCAAUUCGCUUCUUGCAGGUCUUGCUAUUGUUAUUGGGAUACCCUUCCCUAUCUGGAUAUAUUAUCAUGGGGAACGUAUGCGUGCGAGGAGUUCUUUGACACGAUGAUUUUGUUUUUUUGGGGUUUGAGGUUUAGAGUUUCUUCUAUGUAAUUUAUAUGUAUAUAUACAAACCGUAUGAUGAGAUGGUCAGAGGCUUGGG